AAGAUGGUGGCUGAAGUUGCAAAUUGUUCCCCAGUGGGAGACAGGUUGAUGGAAGUCCGUUAAAAGUUGGUCGUUCGUAAUCCUGAAACACGGGGUUUUCUGUCUUUGUGCAUUAUGUUCAAGAACGAGUAUCAGGGAGGAGCCUUUGUAGAAAUCUUCAGCUCACAAGGCAAAGAUCCUGUUGCAAGAUGGAAGCUUUGUGGAAGUCCUGCAGUCCAGAAAGUUUUUGACAAAGAAGUGAAGAGCUACGUUUAUAUACUGGAAGGAAGCUGUCAGAGAAACAAAAUGCAGUUACCCAAGGAUAACAAGCAAUCACUUGGCCUGAUCCAGCGAUUCCUUGUAUUGCAGCUCUGUGUGCCUGUGGGACAAGACUUCUCUACGGAAUUGCUGAUUACUGAUUUGGGAAAUAACAAACGGCGACUAUAUUUAUCAACUAUCCAUAAGGAAUUUUCUGCAACUCCACUACAUGCAAAAAUACCACUCAGUAUCAUCAAACGAAAAAUUUGGAACAACAUUUGCAUUGAUAUGGUGUCAUUUACUAAUGCAGCAUUCAAAGGAGCGGGUUUUCAGUCUCUGGAUCGGAUUGUUGUCUCAGCCAAUUGUAAAUUAAGGAAGAUAUUCACAAUGAAACUCCAGCCACAAGAUACUACUUUUGAGGAUGAUAUGUACUCUUUACAGUGUUUCUCUGAAGGACCCACAGACAUAAUUCCAAAAUGCUGUCAGCUGGGCAUUGAUGUUGACCAAGUUACACAGCUUCUGAAUGUGGUAAAACUCAGACAAGGAGAACUAAGAAUUGGAAGCCAACAAUGCAUUUCAUCAGACUUAAACCAGCAUUCCAGUCGUGGAACAGUCAGCGCACGUAGUGUUAGGAACCAAGAUAUAUCACACAUUGCAUUUGGAUCAAAAGUGCUUGGACCACCUCCAGCUAUCAGCAAACGAGUUGGCACAACAGCAUCUAAAGAUUUACCAAUCUUAUUGGAUAAUAAAACAAGCAAACCUUCCUACCAAUCAUGCUGUAAUAAAGAAGAAAUCUCAGACAAACUGACUAGCAGGUCAGAAAGACAAGUUUCAAAUCAACCAGAACCAACUAAACAAAUAAACCAAGAAGAUAUUUGCUUUACAAAUCAAAGUACAGAGACUGCUACUUCAGGUACUUUCUCGCCACAUCAUGUAAACAGUGAGGCAAAAGCCAGUGAAAUGCCUGAUAUUUCAUCUUUUCAGAUGAAGACAACAUGUGAAAUAAACAGUAGUUCCAAACUUCAUCAGAGUAGGAGCAAACCAGAGGAUGAGGUUGAAGACAAAUGGCAUUUUACUGACCAGUCAGAGGACAGUUUCCGUUUCAAUUUCCCUCAUCAUUCCACACCCAAACCAGACCGUUCCAGAGACAAUUCAUGUUCAGAGCCAAAAUUCAGCGAGACGAGAAAUGAAAAUAAUUUGGCAUCUUUAAGUGAAGAUGAUGAAAAAGAGGAUGAAUUGAAAUUGAAGGACAUAUUUACAUAUUCAUCACAGCCGAGGUCAGCUCCUCGUGGAAAGUUACAGAAUAUCUCAUCACAAGGCAUUAUGUGGACAGUGGAUAUGAAGGAUGAUGGAGAACAGGAAAUGGCAGAUGAGAGCGAAGCUGAACUGGAGUAUGAUUUCCAUAGAAAUUGUAGCAGUGAGGAGGAGGAUUCACUGAAUAAGAUUACCAAACAACAACCUUCAGGUAGCAUGACAAAUUCGGAAGCCUCGCCAGUCAACCGUCUAUCUCAGACUUCAAUGGUUGUACCCUUGGAAGUAACUAAAAGAACUGCUUCAAUAGAUCGAUCCUUGAAAAGACCUCCUGCACUGGUCAAAAGGGACACAGAACAGUUUCAUGACACUUUUAAUCCAGUCCAGAGUCGAUCUCCCACAAGAUUGGAAGUUCCAGAUUCUGAAUUGAUCUCCGCAAAGGUGAAAGAUGACCAAUUUAGUCAAUCCAGAGCAAUGGUAAAAAGAUCCCUGAAAGAAAUACCAAAGGAAGACCCAAGGCUAACUACAGAGACAUAUAAAAUGGAUGCAGAGUUUACUGAAGUGAAGCAAAGCAGCAGCGUGUUCCUGGACCCUGUACAGAUUACAAAGAAGGAAGUGUUUUCUACCUUGAGUCAAAUUAGGAUGGAUAAAUCACCAGAUCCUGUGGAGGGAUAUGACUGGCUGCAAUAUCAGCCCAAGGAAAUGAGUGAAUCUGAUGAAGCAAGGAUGCUGGCUAGUUUACGGAGACAGCAACUUGAAGAAAUGGAAGAUGAUGGGAAGACAACCCACUUGAAUGCAGUUCAGCUCGGUGAUUGUGCCUAUGGUGAUGAUAGCAUUAGUACAAGCAGUGAUGAUACAAGUAUUUGGAGCACCCAAUACACAGGACCACCUGUCAAUCAAGGCCAUCACUACCAGAAUGAAAUGCUUUUGACCCUGUCUCAGAAAAAAAUGAAUCCUCUUCUUCUUUCAAAUCCACGUGACUGGGGUAAUAUUUUCAGUCCUCCCAUCAUUCUGCCCAGUGAACAGAUGAAGGACCAGAAAAAUAUUUCACCCAGACAACCAUUUCAUCUUCAAGACUUAAACAAUGACACAGCCAGUGUUACAGAAGAUCAGGAUGAAGUACUGGAUUUGUUAUAUGAUCCCUGUUUGAAUUGUUACUUCGAUCCAAAAACGGGAAAAUACUACGAACUGGCAUGAAUUUAAAAAUUGAGGACUUUGAAGUAUCACUGUUGCAUAGCAACGGCUUAAGCUGCAAGAGGAUUUUUGUUUCAAAGUAAAUCCUGGCAACCAUUGUAAAAUGGGAAUACUCCAAUCAGAAGAAGGCUGAGUGAUACAGACAUAGAGGUAGCCAUCUGAGAACUGCAGCAGCUCUUCGACAUGAAAGAAAGCACUUUGCCUUCCUUUAGUCAGGUGUCUGCACACAUUCCAUAGUUCUACAUUUUCAUGUUUCUCUCUGCGAUGUCAUGUACACAUUUGUAUUUUCUCGUGUGUGUGGUUGGCGUGACCCAUGCCUUAUAUUGAAUUUUACAAAAAAAUUAUUAUUAUUAACAAAAUAAUACUUUAUGGCCAUUGUUAAAUAGUCAAAUUGAAGAAAUGAACUUUGCAUACAUUAUUAAUAGAAAUAAAUUAAUAGUUGCCUUGAAAUUCACCAGUAGUUGACACAUAAAUCAUCUCAGCCUGGUGUAUUUGGCCUAAUAAUCCAAGGAAUAUAUUUCAGAGGCAGAGUAGAAUGUGUUGAUUUGACUGUAAUAUAUUAAGAAGUACUAAGUAGGGUUGAAUUUCUUGGCAAUUUUGGUUUGCGUUUUUUUGUACCUACAUUGAUACAAUAUAAUGCUGGUUUCUGUUAAUAUUAGUAAGCUGAUAGACAUCUGAUCAUAAAUAUUUCAGAAAAAAAUCAUUUUCAAUUUAAACACGUAACUCUUUGGUGUGUAUGUGACAUCACUUUAAAAGGAAUCGUUUAGAUACAGAAUCUACAACUGAAUAAAGAGGAUUAUCUUCCA